GAACAACAAAGCGUAACGAAGUUAUAUGUUUUUGUAAAAACAAUAGCGAAGUAACAAGUGAUUAUAUGUAUCUUACAAUCUCAUAAUAUUUUAAAAACAAACAAUCAUGAUCAAACAAAUCGACACUACAAAUGCCUUGAUCAUUGUGCUUUGUUCCUUUGCAAUCAUUUCCCCGAAAUGUUUUUCUUUGUGUUUGUUUACAGAACAUAAACACGCCGUGCGUUAAAAGUGAAAGUGUUGAACGAAAAACGAAAGUGAUCCAGCGACGAUUUUUCGUCUGCGUUAUAAGCACUUCCGGUUCGAUAAUUACAACUAGAUUUUCCUCAUCGAAGCUGAAUAAUUCUAAUUGAAUAGACAGAUAAGUAAAUCCGAUUCGACCGUGACCAUCACGUCUUUUUUUUUUUUUAGAGACUAACCAUGUUGAAGAAUGGAUUUCUUCCUGACGAUAUCAUAAUUCAUAACGUGACAUUUAUCAGCUAAUCUAAUGGUAACAAUGUAAUAUGAGAUAUGUUUUCUUUAAUAAGUUGUGACUAGACUGACGUUAGUAAAAAGUCAUUUUCUCACAAAUAUAUCGCAAUUGAAACAGACCACUUCAUGACAACAUAUCAGAUCAGUAGAAUAUAUUACUGUGAUAAUAUUUUAAAUUUGAUUUCAACUGAUUCAGUGAAAGAAAAUGCAUUUCUUUGUGAUGGUUGAAAACAGGUUUUCAUUUUAUUGUAGAUGUUUUUAUGGAAAAUAGUAGAAUAUAUUGUCUAUUAAGGCAUUAUGGGUCAGACAAUGUUGGAAACAGAAGCAAAACCUUACAGUUGUCAUAUUUGUGGAAGAUCUUUUUCUAAAAAUUCUAAUCUAACUGCUCAUAAACGUACUCAUACAGGAGAGAAGCCAUACCAUUGUGAAUUCUGUGGUAAAUCUUUUUCCCGUAAUAGUGCAGCAACUUAUCAUAAACGUAUUCACACUGGAGAACAACCAUACCACUGUGAAAUAUGUGGCAAAGGAUUUUCUUUUAACAGCAAGUUACUGCUUCAUAUACGUAGUCACACUGGUGAAAGACCAUUCCAUUGUGAAACUUGUGGGAAAUCCUUUUCAUGUAAUAAUAAAUUAUCAUGUCACAAACGUAUUCAUACAGGAGAAAAACCUUAUCAAUGUAAAACCUGUGGGAAAGCAUUUUCCCACAGUGGUCAUCUAUUAAUUCAUCAAAGAACUCAUACGGGGGAAAAGCCAUAUGAUUGUGAAAUAUGUGGGAAAGCUUUUACUAGUAGCAGUAGUUUAGGGGAUCAUAAACGUGUGCAUACAGGAGAGAAACCAUACCAGUGUGAGAUCUGUGGGAAAGAGUUUUCAUUCAAUAGACAUUUAAAAAAUCACAGAUUUAGUCACACUGGAACACCAUAUCCUUGUGAAUUCUGUGGAAAGACAUUUUCUUUGAAAAGCCAGUUAUCACUUCAUGAAAGGAGCCACUCAGGAAGCGGAUCAUACUCCUGUGAAAUUUGUGGGAAAUCAUUCUUGUUAAAAGGUAGAUUAAAUUUUCAUAAAAUUAUUCACACGGGGAAUAAACCAUUUGAGUGUGAAAUUUGUGGGAAAGCCUUUUCACAAAAGUCUCACUUAAAAGAUCACAAACUCACUCAUACUGAAAGAACAUUCCACUGUGAAAUUUGUCUGAGAGUGUUUUCUCGUAAAGUACAUUUAUUAAACCAUAAACACACUCACUCUGAUGAAAAGCCGUACAAAUGUGAAUUUUGUGGGAAAGCAUUUUCUCAAAGCCGUUAUGUAUCCCGGCAUGUACGUACUCAUACAGGAGAUAACCCCUACCGUUGUGACAUUUGUGGUAAGGUAUUUACUUAUAGUACACUUUUGUCUGAUCAUAAGCGGUCUCACACUGGAGAAAGACCAUACCAAUGCUUAACAUGCGGGAAAGCUUUUUCUCGUAGCAGUAACUUAUCGAAUCAUAAGUGGACUCAUACAACAGAAACACCAUUCCAGUGUGAAACUUGUGGGAAAACAUUUUGUUCUAAAAGGAGAUUAACUGACCAUAAAUGGACUCACACUGGGGAAAAACUGUACCGCUGUGAAACUUGUGGAAAAGCAUUUUCUCGCAAUAGUAAUCUAACUCGUCAUAAAAGUAUUCAUACAGGAGAAAAAAUAUACCAAUGUGAAUUUUGCGAGAAAUUAUAUUAUAAAAAGGAGAAUUUAACAGAACAUAGACGUACCCACACAGGAGAAAAACCAUUCCAAUGCGUAAUUUGUGGGAAAGCAUUUUCCAGAAACAGAAGCUUGUCAAAUCAUUAUCUUAUUCACAAAGGACAAUGACCAUAAUAUUAUGACAUUUGUCAAAAUGUGAUCUUGUUUAAAUGUUAAGUAGUCAUGCAACAUUAGUUCACAAAUAAAAUGUAACUUAGAAAAUUAUGGAAUAUUUUUUGAAAAUUAACUUUUACAAACUUUUAAUUAAAUAUAUUGAGACAGAAGAGUCUUUAUUACUGUGAUGUUUGUUGUAAAACCUUGACUAGUAUAUAACAUUUCACCAUCUCUAAUUGUUUAAAUGUAUAUUCAAUGCUCAGAACAUUAAAAACGUUUAUAUUUAAAUAUGCUGUGAAGGUAAAAUAAUAUUAAUUGAUGACUAACAUUUGUUUUGUCAUUUUCUCAGCAAGUACAA